GAGUCAAAGCAAGACUGGAUGUGUAAGUUUUGCACGUUUCGUCGGACUGGAGCUCCUCUCAUUAACUAUGGGGUUAACGAGAAGUGCUACAAGUGCAAGCUGCACAAGGGUGUGGCAUUCAAGUGCGUCGCCCCCUCGGACCUCCCCAGCCGGAGCAAGCGCAAGGCCGACGGCACCUUCGAUGCAACUGCUGCCUCGGUGGCCAAGUUGGAGAAGCGCCUGCAGCAGCUGGAGGCCGAGAAUGCCAAGCUGCGUGGUUCGUCUGACCCUGGCGGAGGCGACGCGGCAGUGGAGAACAAUGAGUCGGAAGAGCUACGGGAUGAGAUCGACGGCCUCGGCAACCACGUGCAGUGGUUGGAGUCGGUUCGCUCUCCGUGGGUGGUGUUACCGCUCAAGGCUGCUCGUGAGCAGCUGGAGGGAGCUCGUCGUAAGCUGUAUGAGAACAAGCCCUUGCCAGCGAAGCUCACGGACAAGGCGGCAGCGGACCAGAAGCUGCUCAAGGCGCAGGAGGAGGCCAAGGCAGCUGCGCUGGUGGUCGUGGAGCGCCAGAAGGUCUGCAUGCAGCUGGAGGAGGAAGUUCGCGCUCUCGCAUCCUCGCAGCCAGCGGAAGAGCCAGGGCAGCAUCAGUCGAUGGACCUCACGGGCCCAGAGAUCAAGCUGGAUGAGGAUAAGUUGCUUGCAGCGCUUGGCGCGAUGGAGGGAGUCGCCGACGCCAGCAAGUUGGCGCCGAGGCUGGCGGAGGUGCUCAAAUCCUGUGCGGCCGAGGUACUGGAGGAGCCGCCCGACAAGCGUGCCCGCGUGGCAGCGGGUGGUGGUCAAUCAGCUGAGCCGCCCCCAGCAGCAUGGCACAUCGACACGAUCGAGGUGGAGCAGCUGCGCGAGGAU